UUAUGAAUGAGGUGGGUCUUGAUGACACUCACCGUGUAAGCUACUGUUGAAAUUCCAGUGCUAACCAACUUUAGCCAGCUUGCUAACAUGUAAUUCAGCGAAUGUGAAGAACUACACACACGGCGCUCCUCCGGAUUUAAAUGCAUAAAUAACAUUUAAUUUCCAAUUGAGGAAUAUUUGGAAAUUCGCCUUCAUGUUUGCCACUGCGCGCGUCUCCGUUACUGCAACCAGGACAUGUCCAGUUAGCCAGAACGCAGCAAUCGGUGGAUAACGAACCUGGCGAGCUAGCCAGCCAGCCAGCCCGUUUGGACUCGGUCUGCGUUGAGGGAUUCGACCAGGUUUCAUCGCCCAGAGGACAGUAAAGCCGGAUGCUGUGACUACCAUGAGUCCUGCAGGCUGCCCCCAUGUCAACGGCUUCAAAGUGGACAACUGGAAGCAGAACCUGAGGGUCAUUUAUCAGUGUUUCGUGUGGAGCGGUUCAGCCGAGACCAGAAAGCGCAAGGCCAAGUCAUGCAUCUGCCACAUGUGUGGUGCCCACCUGAACAGACUCCACUCCUGCCUCUACUGCGUCUUCUUCGCCUGCUUUGCCAAAAAACACAUCCACGAGCAUGCCAAGAGCAAAAGGCAUAACCUAGCUAUUGACCUGCUGUACGGGGGAAUUUACUGCUUUAUGUGCCAAGACUACAUUUAUGACAAAGACAUGGAACAGAUUGCCAAAGAGGAACAAAGGAAAGCCUGGAAAAUGCAAGGCAUAGGGGAGAAGUACUCAACAUGGGAGCCCACCAAGAGGGAGCUGGAGCUUCUCCGCCACAACCCUAAAAGGAGGAGAAUCACCUCCAACUGCACUAUUGGCCUGCGUGGUCUGAUAAACCUGGGCAACACGUGCUUCAUGAACUGCAUCGUCCAGGCACUGACGCACACUCCACUGUUGCGUGACUUCUUCCUGUCCGACCGACACAAAUGCGAGAUGCAGAGUAACUCCUGCUUGGUGUGCGAGAUGUCGCAGCUCUUCCAGGAGUUCUACUCAGGUCAUCGCUCGCCUCACAUCCCGUUCCGCCUCCUGCACCUGGUGUGGACUCACGCCCGUCACCUGGCCGGUUACGAGCAGCAAGAUGCCCACGAGUUCCUCAUCGCGGCGCUGGAUGUUCUACACAGGCACUGCAAAGAUGACAAUGGGAAGAAAGCCAACAACCCAAACCACUGUAACUGCAUCAUCGACCAAAUCUUCACAGGGGGCCUGCAGUCUGACGUCACCUGUCAAGUCUGCCAUGGCGUUUCCACAACCAUAGACCCGUUCUGGGACAUCAGCCUGGACCUGCCGGGGUCCUCCACACCGUUCUGGCCCCUCAGCCCCGGAGGAGACGGAUCAGCACUUAACGGAGAGAGUCACACCACUGGAGCCACGACACUCACAGACUGUCUGCGCAGGUUCACCAGACCUGAGCACCUCGGCAGCAGCGCUAAGAUCAAGUGCAGUGGUUGCCAUAGCUACCAGGAGUCCACCAAGCAGCUGACCAUGAAGAAGCUGCCCAUUGUGGCCUGCUUUCACCUCAAAAGGUUUGAGCAUUCAGCCAAACUACGACGGAAGAUCACAACUUAUGUCUCCUUCCCGCUGGAGCUGGACAUGACGCCCUUCAUGGCCUCCAGUAAAGAGAGCAGGAUGAACGGGCAGUACCAGCAGACAGUGGACCCCUUCAACAAUGACAACAAGUACAGUCUGUUUGCUGUGGUGAACCACCAGGGGACACUAGAGAGCGGCCACUACACCACCUUCAUCCGGCAGCACAAGGACCAGUGGUUCAAAUGUGACGACGCCAUCAUCACCAAGGCCAGCAUCAAGGAUGUUCUGGAUAGUGAAGGGUGAGCAGGUCGCAGCGUUGAAGGUACCUUUUGUUUUACCACAAACAGUUUCUGGAGUACGAAUAGUCUCCUCCGUCAGCACAGCCUGCAGGAGGAGACGACGGAGUGGUUGCAUGGGAACAGGUAACGGGAGUGAUGAUCAGAGGGACGAGGAAACAGAGACACAAACCUACCUGAGUCGCUCUGAGAGUUGCAGCUCUCACUCUAACAUGGAACCACCCUUACUACAUACUAACCUAGUUCCUCUUGUAACGAACUGUCUGCUGUGCAGGAUAGACACAAGAAUGCAAGAACCAAACAAAAUGCAAGGAAUCUGGAAGGGAGAUUUGUUUGGGGCGCUGAAGGAAUAUUGCAUACUUGCAAAAGUUUUUCACUGGAAUUCAGGGGUUAAAGAAGAAAAGAGCUGUGAUAACCUGCUAUAAGAUCAGUCAGUGCUCGCUUUCACAUAAUACAGGAAUAGACAGAAGGGCAGAAGGGGUUUUUAUUUAAAACCUUGGUUUAUCUCGGGAAGGUUUACAUGAUCACAAAUGCUGUUCUCCACCAACGUCCUGCUUCAUGCUCGCACAGCUGCAAUAUGUUAGCACCCAAAGGUGCAAAGAAACAGAGCAGCAACCUCCCACAGGGGUUCAGGGCUCUGCUUCAGCAAAGGAAUUUUAUUGUUUUGUUUUUGGUUUUUGUUUAUUUUUUGUUUGUUUAUUUUUUGAAUUUCACUUUCACCCAAAAGGAUUGAAACAGGCAACUUCCUGGACACAAGCACACUCGUCUCUCUUCCAAGCGACCAAAUACUUCAAGGGUGGAGGUUGUUUUAUUAUGCAUUUUUGUUCCAAAUGCAAAGAGAAAAAGAAAACCACCAGUUCAAUGAUAUUAAUAAUAUUGUAUAGAGAGACAGUUUAUUCAGUUCAUUACUCGUCAGUUUGUCGCCGUCUGUUGUCAGAUGCUUCUAGGAAACAUUUUCUUCAACAAGGACGAGUACGAGGAGGAUCUGUUAUUUUCGGCCUUGCUGCCUCCAACAGUCACGCGGGGGGGAAAUAGAUUACACAGUGAAUAUUAUAUUUUUAUACAUAACUUUUGUUUACGGUUUCACAUUCUCCCUAAACUCUCACAUUGUUUGUCUGUGUUAUAUUACGCCAUCAAUCAUGUUUUUGUACACAAAAGCGAAGUAGUGCUGAGAAUUUUCAUGAAACUGCUGCUAAGGCGAUUUUUUUGUUUGUUUGUUUGUUUAAUUUGGCUUUUUUGUUUGUUUGGUUUUUUUUUUUACGUUACUGAGACGAAUUCUCCAUUUUCAGGACACGUUGUCGUGAUGCUGUUUCAGGUAAAUGGCAAAAGAGAAACGAAACAAAAGAGGAGGGUGUUAUUCCCAGUACUGAGUCUGUAUAAAGAGUCAGAAGCUCAAUCCUGCAGUGUUAACCGUCGGCCGCAUGUUGCUCUAAUUUGGUGUGUUUGUGUGUAUACGUGUGUGUGUGUGUGUGUGUGUGUGUGUGUGUGUGUGUGUAUGUGCCCGAGAAAGGGGAGGGGGAAAAAAAGCUCAGUGUAUGUGUGUUUGUUUUUAAAAUGUGUUAUUGCGUGUAAAGAGAGGAGGAAAAAAAAAAAAGCGUGUAUGUGUUCCUGUUUGUAUGCACGUGUGUCGUGCGCGUGCGUAUGUACCGUAUGUUCGUGUACUGAAUCAGUACUUGCAUUCAGCAUGCCGUCUGAGCUGGGUAUCACAGUUUGAUAGGAUUUUUUUUUUUUUUUUUCCACAUGUGGAUGAUGUAUGUAAAAGUAUAUAUGUACAGUUUGUAUGUAAGAGACAAAUGGUGAAACCUCAAAGUUGAUUUGUUCUUCGAUAUUGCUGGAUCCAGCCACGGGGUCGCAAUCAUAAGAAACGUGUCUUGACCCCAUCAGUCAUUCCUCGCACACACAUGUAACUGCUGCAAGAACUGGACACAGUGAAGGAAAGACACAAAUAAAGAAAAAUCUAUAUCUGUAAA